GGGGAUGAAAGAGAGGGUAGUCGUUUUCUCCCCGUAGAAGACGUGGGGAAGAGACGAUGGGAGAGAGCCGCGUUCUCCGGUUCGAACGUAGUCGCGCCUGCGCGACGUUUACCCCACGCACCAGCACGUAAUGUCACCGUUGAGCCAGUCUGACGCCAGGCGCCGCGAAGCUAUGACGUCACUGGUUCGCGCUUUGCCGACGUACUUACUUUUCUCGCCAACAACGCAAACUUCUCCAGACGUCUCUCGAGGAUCGGCCCAAGUGCGAGAUCGCAACGUGAAAUUAUCGAGAAGUCUUUCGGAACUCGCACGGAUGUUCUCAUCGACGAGCUAAAGUUUCUGUAUAUCCAAAUUGAAUCCUUUCGAAAACUUUUGUCCAAGACUUUUUAAGGAUAGAGAUAGAGUAAGUUUUUGUUUUGUAGUAGUAACGAACGACGAAGAAAGAAAAGAAAACUUGAAUCGAUCGUAAGAAUGUGUUGAACUAUAAGCUCGAAACAAGUGAAAUCGUAACUCGAUUCGAAAUAUUUCGAUCGACAGUGCAAUCGAUCGCAAAGAAUUGUCUCGAAAGACUUUACUCGAUCGAGAGUGAAUCGAAAGGGAAAAACAAAGUGAUUUUGAGAAAAGAACGCGUCGAAGGAUAGAGCUGAAUCUCUCGACGAUUUUUUUCAAGUACGUCUUCUCUCGUCUCGUCGAAUUCGUCUAAUAAGUCGAGCGGCGAUGCACGGUGAACGGUGAGAGUUAUUUCUUCGAGAAAGAGAAAACAUAUUUACGUUGUUCGGAUAUUCGUCGAGGGAGAAAAGUUUUUCGUCGAAGGAGAUAAAAAGAAAAGAAAUAAAAAGAAGACGACGAAGGCAGUCAUCGAAAAUGGGCAAGAAAAAUAGCAAGCUCAAGCAGGAUACCAUCGAUCGACUUACCACCGCUACUUAUUUCACCGAGAAGGAGAUUCGGCAGUGGCACAAAGGAUUUCUCAAGGAUUGUCCAGACGGUCUAUUAACCGAAGAGGGUUUUAUUAAGAUCUAUAAGCAGUUCUUUCCCCAAGGCGAUCCUUCCAAGUUUGCCUCGCUAGUCUUCAGGGUAUUCGAUGAGAACAGCGAUGGCACGAUAGAAUUUGAAGAAUUCAUAAGAGCUCUCUCUGUUACGUCACGAGGCAAAUUGGACGAGAAGCUGCACUGGGCCUUUCGAUUGUACGACGUUGACGACGACGGUUUUAUCACGAGGGAGGAAAUGUAUGAUAUCGUCGACGCGAUAUAUCAAAUGGUGGGACAACAACCACAAGCGGAAGACGAGAACACGCCGCAGAAAAGGGUCGACAAAAUAUUCGAUCAGAUGGACAAGAAUCACGACAAUAAGCUUACCCUUGAAGAAUUUCGAGAGGGUAGCAAAGCGGACCCACGAAUCGUCCAAGCUUUAUCAUUGGGUGGCGAGUAACCGUUCGCUAAAAGUUAUUAUCAGAAACGACAGACGAGAUCCUUCGAUCUUCUAUUCGUAUCGAGAGAUUACGUCGUCGUCGAUUUGAUUUAUCCAAAUCCGUGGAAAGGAAGAGCGAAGACGAGAGAAUAUAGCGUCGCGCAUCACGGGGGAAGAUAAUCGAAAUGAAAGAAAGAAAGAAAAAAAAAAGAGAGAGAGAAUAAUAUCGAGGGAAAGGUAAAAAAGGGAUGGAAGGAGAAAGAGAAAGAAAAAGACAAAAAAAAUAAUACGAAGAAGAAACGAGAUGGAGUGCCCAAAAAAUAUUUAUCAACGAUCGUCGCGUCCCAGUAUUUUUCCCGAUCCUCGGCUUUGUUCGCUUUGUCGAUUGGUACGUUUGGGAAAUCACAAUGAUGUUUAAAAUAAGUGUCAGCCUGUAUUAGAAAAAGAAAAAAGAGAAGAAGAAGAAGAAGAAGAAGAAGAAGAGGGAGAAAGGAACGAGACAAAAGUUCGUUGCGUUUCCUUCGAGAGAGAUAACAUGGAAUAUAUUUACAAGGUUUAAAAAAUAUUAAAGCUUUCGUCGCGGACAGAGAAACGAUGAUAUUUUCGUCGUUGCGUGGAAUAUUAUCGACUAAACCGCUUUUCUUCCUUCGUUUAAUCGCGCGAACAUGGAGCGGCUCGUGAAAUGAAAUGUGUGAAGGAAGGAAGGAAGGAAGGAAGGAAGGAAGGAAGGAAGGAAAGUUGAGGGAAAUAUCGCGAAUGUAAGGGAGGAUUAGCUGGGGGAAAAGAAGGGAGGCAAACCGUGCCUUCUCAUCGAUCCUCGUCUUUAUCGGUUAUAACGUUCUCAGUGUGUCGUGGAAUAUGCGCGUCGAACGAAUGCGUACUUUUACCGAGGAAGGGAAAAAGAGAAAGGAACAGAAGAAAGGGAGAGGUGGAUGGAAAGAAAGAAAGAAAGAGGGAAAAAUAGAGGUAGUCGAAAAGAGCACGUAAAAGGAGCAAUAGAAGACAAAAAAUUUACAAACGAAAGCUUUUUUCAAAUUCACGUGUAUUCGUCGAAUAAAAGAAGAAAAAGGAAGAGGCAAAGGAGGACCGUAGAAAGUUGAAUUUUUCAAGGACAAGGAUCGCGACCAAGCGAUCUCGUCCGUUUUACAUAUUUAUAUUUACCACGACUAACGGCAAGUUUCUCCCUAUUUUCCUUUUUCCUAUUUUUUUUUUUUCUUCUUUUUUGAUGGCGCAAAGAAUCGUUGGUGAGUCUUGAAAAAUUGACAAAUUACAUUUUGAUCUGCCAAUGGCUACUGUUACGCGCCAAACGAUUAUCAAUUAUUAUUAUUAUUAGUAUUAUUAUUAUUAUCGUUAUCUAACAGCUAUUUAUACGAUACCGUCAUAUCGUAUCGUCACUGUUUGCGCGGCUGAUGUCUUUAAAAUCUUCUGUCUAACGCGUUCUUAUAAAAAAAAGAAAAAAAAAACUAUAUUUCCUUGAAAGAGUACAUUAGAUAAAAAUCUUUACGAACGAAUAAUAGAAAUUAGUAAUUUAUGUACCUAUCUAUCUAUCUAUCUAUCUAUCUAUCUAUCUAUCUAUCUAUCUAUCUAUCUAUCUAUCUAUCUAUCUAUCUAUACAUAUGUCUGUAAAUGUAGGAAAUAAUCUCUGAAAUGUAGGGGAAGAUUCAAAUCGAUUUUCAACGUGACGUAUUCAAGCACCGCGUUAUAAUUUUAUCCUCCGUUUCGUAAUUGGAUAUCUCUGACUGUCGACGAUGCAUGAACACGUUCUGAUACCAAUACGAUCUUAUCUCACCAAAUGCAAUACAGUCCGGCUCUUGUCGUUAUUUACCUAUCGUUAGAUAUACCUACACACAUACACACACACACAUAUAUAUAUAUGUACCGGCGCUGUCGUAUCGCUGGUAAAAAGAGUGGAAAAGUAAAGUACUAUCUUCGAUUAUCGGAAAAACCUAACGCCCAAGUGAUGUAAUUUAAAGGUACUCCAAGAUUUCUGUCUACGGUUAAAAAACCAAUCCGAGUAGUCUAUCUAUAGGAUAGAAACGACGAUUCUUACGGAUUAGGAAAGUUGCCCACGUUCGCACUGGAAUGUCUCAUCGCAAAUCCUUCUAAAUUAUAAAUGUGUUGGAUAAAGAACUUUUUGAUAGAUCGGAAAUAUGAAAGUGAGUUACAAUUUGCAACUUUGUUCCUUUUACUCGAGGGAAUUAACUAGACGCAAUCUUUGCUCUUUUCUUCUUCUUCUUCUUCUUCUUCUUCUUCUUCUUCUUCUUCUUCUUCUUCUUCUCUUAUUCUUUUUACUAAACAUUAUUCUUAAGUAGUAGUAAACAGUAAUCUCCGAAAGUAUUACCAAGAACUUGAUUGCAUCAAUUAUUCAAGAGAAACUUAUGCGUUGGGAAGAGGAAAAUAAAAUACGAUUCUUUCCAAAAGUAUCACAUGUAGCAGCUAACGUGUAUUUCUUUUUUCGCUUUAACGUUCUAUCCAUUUCGGAGAAUUUUCGGAGAUAUAUACCGAUGUAUCUAUCUCUUCUUUUUUUUUUUUCAUUUCAUAUCAUCGAUAUUCAAAUAACUUCGAUCAUGGAAACUUUCCAAAAAGCAAAUCCGAAUGGAUUUAAAUCGUACCUUCGUCCUUACGUCUUGAACGAUCGAGGAAGAUCGAUUUACGAGGAUUCGUGGAAUUUUCUUUCCCCUUUCCUAUUCUCCGUUUCCAUUCCUCUUCUUUCUCUCUUCCAUCCGACGUUAUUUCCUUUUCCUCUGUUAAAUGAACUUUCGAAAGGAACUCGGAGACUUCUGCUACGCUUUUAAAACUCCGCAAAAAGUAUAAAAAUAUCUUUCAACGCGAAACUCGUUCGUUUAUCGUGCGCGCAAAUUCUUUGGCAAAGCUGAAGAAACGGGGAAGCUUCGGUGUGAGGAUUAAAAUUCGACUCGGAAAAAAGUUCUUCUUUAUGAAGAAUUUUAUUCAAACUAAAGAAAAAAGAAAGAAAAACCACGAGGAAAAGGAGAAGUAGGCUAAAUUUCGUCGAACGAAUUUCGAAUUUUCUUUCCCUCCCUUCCCUCCCUUUCUUUCUUGAUCUUUCCUUGUCUUUCUCUCGUUCUUAAAACCUUUAAAAAUAUUUACGAUUUACCAAUUUCUCGUUCGCUAUCAUCCUCGAUUCAGAUUUUUUACAUUUUCCUUUUUCGUUUUGUCUUUUUUUCUUGUUUUUGCUUAGCCCGGCAGAAAAACCGCAAUCGCAUCGAUAUUGGCAAAUUUCCCACGAAAUCCUUUUUACCUUGGCAGCAUUCAACGAGAUUACGUUAGCAAAUAUUAUUCGACGAAUUUCCUCACUUUUUGUAUAUUUUUUCUCCUUCUUUCUUUUCCUUUCUCUUUUUACUUUAUCUCGCCGAUUUCAUUCUUCUACGACUGUCCACAUCUUGGACAUAAAAAUAAAGAGAAAAUAAAAAAUUAAAAAAAAAGAAUCUCGUCGCAUGAAAUGGCUGAGAACGAGAAAUCGUGCUUAUUAGCAAUCGCGAUUACGUUAAAAAAAAGCACGCUGCUUAAUGUGUUUCACGUGUAAUAAAUGCAUAUAAACUUAUAUACAUAUACAUAUAUAUAUAUAUAUUUUUAUCACAGGAUCACUAGAUAUAGAAAUAAUGCAAGAGUUUCUUAAUUAAAUGCUAAGAACUUGGAUUUAUUGUAGAAUUUUUACCGACGAAUCAAACAGUUUUCUAGUUACAUAUCCGAUGUCUUGCUUGCUUCUAAUAAUAAUUGUGCGCUGCAUCUUCGAAGGCUUCUUUAAUCGUUAAAAUAGUAUUUCUGUAAUCGUCAAAAGAGACGAAAAUGCAACUAUAAUAGACAUUUUCUAUCGAUCGAAUGAAAAAUAUUGUUUGUUUGGGCAGGAAGAUACUUAACUUAGGAAAGAUGAAUGAGAUUCAAAAAUUAAGAAUCGUAGCAAUAAUAACAGUAAAAAAAAAAGAAAAAAAAAAGACAAAAAGAAACUUUGAAUGCAGCCGUUUGAGUGUUUUAAAUAAGAAACGAAGAACAAUCUCGAUCAUUUCGAAACGAAUAAGAUUUCCUACGUUUCGAGUGAUUCGUUUAAAACCAAAAAAAAAAUUAAAUAAAAAAUUUUCAGAUUUUACGCCAAGAUCGUAAGAUAAUCUCGAGAGAUAACCAGAAAGAGAGAAAGAUACAUACGAAUGAAAAUACAAGGACGGAAGUGAAAAGUUUCCAGAUGAAUUCGAAAAAUCCAAUUACACUCUUUUCCGAAACUUUUUAGAUCAAUUUCCUUUUUUUUUCAAAUCGUAAGAGUAUCACGCAAGCGUAAAAACUUUUGGCCCACCUCGUAAAAUCGAUUUCUUAGGCAUUUUACGUAAAUAAGGUAUUCUUUUAUCGACUGCGAGAAAAAAAGAAAAAGAAAAAAAAUAUAAGGACGAGCGAACGAGUGAAGGUGCCGUUUUAUGUAUAUUUUUCUAUCUCGUUUCUAUCAUACAAGGUGAUUUUAUGAGUUUGUUACAAACUUUUCAAGAUCUCGUUCGAUAAUUACGGAAAGUGAUGUGUGUUGUUGUCGGACUACUUUCUCCAACGAUGGUUUUUAUUCUAAAGGGUUAUGGUAAAUCAUUGGUUUCGUUUGUAACGUAGGCUUUUUUGUGGAACAUUUUUGGAUCAUUAUUUCGCAAUGUUACUUAGAUCGAUUAAUCGCGUAUGUCACGUUCCGUAAUUACCAAACGAAAUGAGUUUCUAUAUGAAAGUCGUUCAUAACGAUCUCCUCUAUCGUUCUUAAAAGUUUCUAAAACAAAAUCACAGAAUCACCCUGUAUAUUCUCUUCGUUGACGCUAUAUAAAUCGAUUCGCGCGUCUCGUCUUCGCCGUCAUAUCGCAAAUUUUCUUUUCUCGAGUGCAAAAAGAAAAGAAAAGGAAAGAAGGGAGAAAAAAAAAACGUAAGAAGAAAAGUAUCGUAAAGGCACGUUCGUCUUGGAUCAUCUUCGUCCUCGUCGUCGUUGUCUCUUUCUAUCGCAUCGUAUCUCUCGUCGUUGUCUCUUACGAUCUACCGCGCGUGACCUUUUUGUAUUCUUCGUUUAUCGUCGACUUUUAAAAGAUCGAUACACAGCGAGAAGAAACUCGAGACGAUACACUCGAUCGACGAAACUUUAUAUAUGUAUAAAGCGAGAGAGUCGUCGAGCUUUUAACGAUGAGAAGAAUGGUACGAACGAAAAAACGAGAAAUUACAAAAAAAAGAACGAUAUAUAUGUAAAAAGAAUACGACGAUAAAAUAAUAAGAAAAGAAAGAAAGAUUACUCGAAUCCAUUUUUCUUACAAUUUUCAAUGGGAAUACAAGUAAGAGAAUUGACAACUGUGUCUCGCUUAGUUGAGAAAAGAAAAAGAACAAAAAAAAAAAAGAAACAAAAACAAAAAUGAAAACUCGUAGACGCUUUUCGUGUUAAUACUUCUUCAUACGUGUUUUAAACCGAUCUUACCCAUUAUCUAUCUCUAUCUCUCCAUCUAUCUCCUUCUCUCUAUUUCGCACGAUUUUCCUUCUCGCUCUUACCCGUGUCUCUCUUAGAAAGAAUUACGCGUGCAAAGAACAUGGAAAAGGAUAGAAUACAAAGCUGAAGAAUAUUUUUUUUUUUUUGAAAUUUUUCGUCUCACCCCUUUCUCUCUCAUCCUCAUGCUCAUUCUCGUCCGUCGGAAACAUGCUAAUCGAGAUGAUUAAUACGUUUAAACGGUGAGAAUCGAAGCAAAAGGAGGAGAGAAAUUUGCACCGAUUCCUUUUGUACUCCUCUAACGUCCCUCUCGAUUUCUCUUCGAUAUCCUCGAAAGGGAAGAUCGAUUUUUCGAGUUACCCUUGAAAGAAAAGUUGUAUCCUUUAAUGAAAACAUCGAGAAAAGCGAUUCUCAGAGAUGGAAAGGGUUCGUUUCGAAGGUAUUAACGGUUGUAGCUUUCCUUUCAUUUCGUUUUACGUAUCGAACUUGUCUCGGAGUUUGCUACUCGUUUUAUUUCAUUUAUUUUAAUAUUUUGAAAAAUAAAUUUUUAUAUUUAUCUUCGAUAUUAUGCAUUAGUUUUACGGAAUAUAGAAAAAGAUAUCACUUGCAAUUUCGUAAAUCUUUUGAUCGCUUAAGACAAGCAGCUAAACCGUAGAUAAACGACUUUCCAUGUUUCUUCAUAGGUUAUUUAUUUUUAUUUCGAGCAUGAACCGAAUGAAAACUUUACUUUUUGUCUCUUUCGUUCUUUCUUUCUCCCGUUAUUUCUAUCUUUCUACUUUUCACAAGUUUUCUCCCUCGUUCUUUCUCUCUCUCUCUCUGUUUCCCUUUCGAGAAAAAAAGAAAAAAUAAUGUUAGAUCGAUGGAGAAUAAGUGAAAUCAUUGGACGCAACCCCUAUAUUUUAAAUAAUUCCUCUCGCGGAAUAUUAUCCCUUUGCACACGACCCUUCCUUUAUCCCAUUCGUACUCUGAAUGAUUUCUUCUUACUCCCUCUCCUUUGACGAUAAAGAAUAAUAGAUAAACGAAAGAAAGAAAGAAAAAAAAGAAUUGAAAACGUAUUCUAUCGUAGUAAUAUCACACAACUACUACUUUUAAGCGCUGCGAAUCUUGAAAAAAAAAUAAUGCUAACUCUAAAUAAUAAUACCGUUAUAUUUACCGCUACUUGUACCGCGCUAUUAUUAACACUUAGUAUUUACUUACCUAUCGCUAAUAUCGUUACUAUACUUACAGCAGCCUGCGAUACUUUUCCGUCUGAAAGCAUGUAAUUCGACAGAAACUAAUACGUAACACAUACAUACAUACGUACAUACAUGUAUACACGAACACGAGAUGUUGAUCUCUCAAUGCGUACACCCACGUAUACACAUACAUAUAUCAGUAAAGACUAUAAAUCGGUAUUGAACCGAAUGGCACACGACGUACGUAUAUAUACAUAAUAUGUAUAUAUAUAUAUAUACUACGUACAAAGGAACGCAAAUAUCACAUUAUCACACACAUACUUACACCUAUUACGCACAGAUAAGAAAAAUAAACGAGAGAGGGAAGAAAAAAAAUCACGCGUAGAUUCGCGUGGGGGUACACUGAACAACAACAACAACAACAACAACAACAAUAACAAUAACAAUACCAACAACAAUACACGUCAAGAUCUUUGUUUUACGAACUUUCUGUGAUAAUUAUUAACAAUCACUAAAUGCGAAGAGUCAUGGGGUAGGCAACUGGAAAGAAAGAACGCGAAGAAAAACGAACGAACGAAUGAAAAUUACAUGGAAAUGAGAGAGAAACGCGAAGAUGGACGAAUGAACGAAUUAAGAGAUUUUGAUUCGUUCGACGUGAUAAGAUGCGGAUUAGAAAAGAAAGGAAAUAUAUGGAUUAGAGAGAAAUAUAAGCGAUAUAGAGAAAUAUAACCGCGCAAGAUGGCAAGAUUCCGUUUUAGAGCGAUAUUGUUGUUUCGUAGUUUGUUGACGAUGAUCGACCGAUUUCUUGAGGAAAAAGCGAUUAAGCUUUUCAAUUUGCAAAAACAAGAAUCGCGAUCUCAAAGCCGUUGCUCGGUUACUCACGAAAAUCUAAGCGCAUUGUUAUUUUGUAUGGUCCCAUGCGUUUUUUCUAAAUGAUGACGACGACAUCGUAACACACGAUAUGUGUGUGUUUGUGCGUCCGAUGAAUAUUAAUAAAAAUAAUUUCAAGCACA